AGGAGGACAUUAUAUUCAAGCCGAAGAUCAACCCGCCCGGUUGCAUUAGGCCCAUUGCUUGCAGUUUUUGGCUGUCGGGCUCUCAAGAAAACUUUCGACGUGACUUGCAGUGAAAAGUUUCCAGAAAGGUCUGUCUCAGACUUCGAAGACUGAGCAGUGCAGGAGCACGCAACGCACAGUGAUUGAAGAACAGAGUGAUAGAAGACGAACGAAAGUGACCUGUCGAACAUCGAUGUCGUUCUAGUCUUGCUCUGUAGCCACGAUCAACUAUGUCGGCCUCCGUAAACUCCUGGCCCCCAACAAUGAUGCUUCUCGGAAAAGUUGGCCACGGGAAGACAGCCACGGCUUCUAGUGUCCUCGAGAGACGCAUCAGUUAUAAUGUGGACGAAGAAACCACAGUCGUAUUCUUCUCCGGCAGAGCUACCUCAGCUGAUGGUGUCAGUAAGGUGGACGUCAUCGACUCUCCUGGACUUUUCAACACCUUCCCCGUAGAUGAUGCACAAGACACAACGAGGAUGUUUGAACAGAUUGAGAAGGCUAUCGGGAUCAACGAUGACGGAAUCAAUGCCUUUGUCAUAGUUUUUCGCUUCGGUACUCGUUAUACGGAUGACGAGCAAAAAGUAGUCCGUAAUUUAGAGCAGGCUUUUGGUCCAAGCUUCCCAAGGUUCUUUGCUGACCAUGUCAUUAUCGUAUUCACUUACGGAAGUGACUAUCGACUGAAACAUGGGUCUGCUCCUUUUGAGGGUUGGGUGCUCUCCCAAAUGGCCGAUAUGAAAAAACUGUUUAAAAUGUGUCAAGGCAGAUGUUUGCUGUUUGAUAACGUAACUUGCUCACCAGAAACAGCCACUGAACAAAGGGAGAAACUACUGGACGCUGUCUCCAGGAUGACCAGGAAAUUUACAAUUGAAGACUACGAGAAGACGAUGCCUCAUCGCAUGAAGCUUUUGUCGGAACUGACAGUGUCUAACAAAUGGCCUAAAGUUCGAAGAAUUCUACAAACCAUCUUCCGUUUGUGUCGGUCGCCUUUUAUCCUGUUGCCUCUUUCCGUUUUCAUUUUUAUCUCUUACUUCUAUUUUCCGUAUUCGUAUUUUUAUAAGCCUUCUGAAGCUGACGUUUCCAUCGAGAACGUCGUCUACGCUUCCCCAAAGAACGUCGUCUGAAGAAGGUCCCUUCGUGUGUCUAUAACAAACACAGACAGCGCUCUCAAAAAGCAAAAGUUAUUUUCUAACCUGACUUUUAUACUGUACAUGGUCACUUUGAAUGGAACGAAAAGCGGAUUGUUGUUUUCCUGGUUAGGUCAACAAAGCAAAAGACUGUCGCCGUGGUUUAAUGCACCCCGCAUAAUUUAGCAAAAUUUGAUCAUUUUCGCAUAAUUUCAGAUUAUUUUCCUUUAUUUUUAUCAUUCUUUGUUAAAAUUAACAGAAUCGCAUAAUUUCACAUUUUUGGGCUGUUUGCAUAAUUUCAGAAUUUUUCUUGCAUAAAACGACGGGGACAGAAGAGAAGAAUCUCAUUAUCAGCAGUGAAUAUUAGUUGAAAAAAAAAA